AUGUUGACUUGGAGAAGUAUGGUACAGUCUAUAUUAUUGACAAUCGUGUAGCACGCCUUCUCCACAUCAUCGAAACCCCUGUUUGUUAUAUCAUCGCAAAGCUUCGCAUUCAAUCUCUCCCGUCCCUACUCUUUCGUCUCCAUAGUCUCACUCGCACCCAAAUCUCUCACAGACAAAAACACAAACACCUAAACUACAAAAAAAUCUCACAAUGGAAAAACCCACAACAAGCUCAACGUGUCUACAAGUCCCAAAUCUUCUUUCCUCUUUCGUCGACACGUUCGUCGAUUUCUCUGUCAGUGGCGGCCUCUUCCUACCAAAUUACCAAAACACCCCUCACUCUAAUACCCCUGUAAGUCACCGAAAUGACGAAAAUACCCCUGGAAAGUUCAAAACUCGGUAUCCUUCUCCGCCGGGUCGACUCGUCGCGAUCGGUGAUCUCCACGGCGAUUUGGAGAAGUCGAAGCAAGCGUUACGACUCGCUGAGCUGAUAAACGACUCCGGCGACUGGACCGGCGGGUCAACGACCGUGGUUCAGGUCGGCGACGUACUCGAUCGCGGCGGCGAUGAGAUUAAAAUACUCUAUUUUCUCGAGAGACUUCGACGGCAAGCGGUGAAAGCCGGCGGCGAAGUCAUCACCAUGAACGGUAACCACGAGACCUUGAACGUGGAAAGAGACUUCCGGUACAUGUCGGAAUCGGGUUGUGAAGAGUUUAGGGUUUGGGCGGAGUGGUACCGUGUUGGCCAAGUCAUGAAAUGUCUUUGCGAGGGUUUGGAAAACCCUAAGAACAUAUUCAAAGGCAUUCCUUCAUCUUUUCCUGAAAUCGAUAACGAUAAUGAAGCUGUGGUUCAAGGUUUCAGAGCGAGAAUCGCUGCUUUACAGCCUAACGGUCCGAUUUCGGCGCGGUUUUUGUCGAAAAACGCGACGGUUUUAGUCGUCGGCGAUUCGGUUUUCGUGCACGGCGGCCUUAAGCCGGAACACGUGUACUAUGGAUUGGAGAAAAUCAAUGAAGAUGUGAGGGAUUGGCUCAAUGGAUUGGGGGAAAAUUACACGGUGAAGAAAUUUUUGAGGUAUGCGGAUGCAGUGGUGUGGAUGAGGGAUUUUUCGGAUGAUUCGAAGAAGAAAUGUGAUUGUUCGGCUCUUGAAUUGCUGCUUAGCACGAUUCCGGGGGCGAGGAGGAUGAUAAUGGGGCAUACAAUUCAGGAGAAUGGGAUUAGUGAGGCUUGUGAAAAUCGGGCGAUAAGGAUUGAUGUGGGGAUGUCGAAAGGGUGUGGUGAUGGGUUCCCGGAGGUUUUGGAGAUUAGUGAGAAUUCAGGGUUAAAAGUUUUGACCUCGAACCCAUUGUAUCGGGAUAAGUAUUUGCAUAGAGAGAGGAAGAGAGGGCUUGGGUUAUUGAUUCCAGAACAAGGACCGAAGCAAGUGGAAGUGAAGGCUUAGGAGUUUGGUUAUUCAGGUUCCGCAACUGUACAGGAGAAUGGUUCUUGGACAAGCUGUUUUGAAUUGCGCUUGUUUGGUGUCGAACAAGUGCUUAUGGAUUGAUGUGGGGAUGUUGAAAGGGUGCAGUAAUGGGUUGCCGGAGGUUUGUGUGAU